AAGAAAAUCCUUAAGAACAUCAGUAUUUUGUGAUACAUUAAGAAGACUGAUGGUUGUUUUUCAUUUUUACAUAGUGUCUAUAAGAAGUGUGUGAUUACAGAAUUAAAUAUGUUUAGACAAUUAGGUUUCACACUUAAUUUCUGUUACAAUUGCUAGAUGAAAAUGUGUCUAGUUGAGGCUGAAAGUAUCUACAGAUUUUUUACAGGGCAAAUUAUCCAAGUGGGAAAUUAAACUGGCAUAUAAUACAAGCCGUUUCUUUGGUUGCCAUCAGUUAUGAAAUUUUAUCUGGAAAGGGGGGCGUGAAUGCCUGGACAUAUCAUUAUAACAUUACUCCAAACAUGAACUGGGACACUGCUCGACAGUGGUGCAGGGACCACUAUACUGAUAUGGUUGCAAUUCAGAAUCAAAAAGAGAUCAAAUACCUGAAUGAUGUCUUACCAAGUAACCCUAGCUACUAUUGGAUCGGUAUCAGGAAGAUCAAUGACAGGUGGACGUGGGUUGGAACUAACAAAACCUUAACGAAAGAUGCUGAAAACUGGGCCCCUGGUGAGCCAAACAAUAAAGGAAGAGCUCAGGACUGCGUGGAGAUUUAUAUAAAACGCUCGUCCCAUGCUUCAAAAUGGAACGACGAAAGGUGUACAAGACAAAAGGGAGCCCUGUGCUUUAACGCCUCCUGCACAGCCUUCUCCUGCGCUGCCUGGGGGGAAUGUAUAGAAACAAUUGGAAAUUACACAUGCGAUUGCUACCCAGGAUUCAAGGGACCACGCUGUGAAUAUGCUGUAGAAUGUGAAAAUCUACACCACCCACACCAUGGCAGCAUGAACUGUAGCCACGUGUUUGGACCAUUUCAAUUCAACUCAAUUUGUGAUUUUGGCUGUGACCAAGGCUUUGUGAUGGCUGGAUCUGGGCUGCUGCAGUGUCAAGCUUCAGGACAGUGGACAACAGAUUCCCCAACAUGCCGAGCUGUAAAAUGUGAAGUGCUAAGUAUCCCUAGUCAUGGUUCAAUGGACUGUGCACAUCCAAUUGAGAAGUUCAGUUAUAACUCAGGGUGCUGGUUUGGCUGUGAAGAAGGCUUUCUUCUCAAUGGAACAAACUCCACACAGUGCACUUCACAGGGGCGAUGGUCUGCACAGACUCCAGCCUGUCAAGCUGUAAAAUGCGAGUCAUUAAAGACUCCAAUCCGAGGUGUGAUGAACUGCUCACAUCCAUUUGGAGACUACAGAUUCAACUCAAGCUGUGAGAUGGGCUGUGAAGAAGGGUUCAUAAUGAGGGGUUCAGACAGAUUGCAGUGCAAUGCCUCUGGACUGUGGACAGGACCCUUGCCCACAUGCCAAGCUGUAAAAUGUGAAGCACUAAGUAUCCCUAGUCAUGGUUCAAUGGACUGUGCACAUCCAAUUGAGAAGUUCAGUUAUAACUCAGGGUGCUGGUUUGGCUGUGAAGAGGGCUUUUUUCUCAAUGGAACAAACUCCACACAGUGCACUUCACAGGGGCGAUGGUCUGCACAGACUCCAGCCUGUCAAGCUGUAAAAUGUGAGUCAUUAAAGACUCCAAUCCGAGGUGUGAUGAACUGCUCACAUCCAUUUGGAGACUACAGAUUCAACUCAAGCUGUGAGAUGGGCUGUGAAGAAGGGUUCAUAAUGAGGGGCUCAGACAGAUUGCAGUGCAAUGCCUCCGGACUGUGGACAGGACCCUUGCCCACAUGUCAAGCUGUAAAAUGUGAAGCACUAAGUAUCCCCAGUCAUGGUUCAAUGGACUGUGCACAUCCAAUUGAGAAGUUCAGUUAUAACUCAGGGUGCUGGUUUGGCUGUGAAGAGGGCUUUUUUCUCAAUGGAACAAACUCCACACAGUGCACUUCACAGGGGCGAUGGUCUGCACAGACUCCAGCCUGUCAAGUUGUAGAAUGCCCUGCAUUGCCUAGAUCCUCAGCAGUGGAAAUGAACUGCUCCCAUCCAAUUGGACAGUUUAGUUUCCUUUCCAGCUGUUACUUUAGCUGUGGGGAAGGGUCUAAGCUUAAUGGAACAAAGAGGCUUUACUGCACCUCUGAUGGGCAAUGGACUGGAGCCAUUCCUUCUUGUGCAGCACUGGGGAUGUCUGCUGGAAUGGCACUGUUAUUGUACACUGGUGUGGGCUCGGGAGCUGGUGUUUUGCUGCUUCUUCUUGGUGGAAUUAUAUUUCUGAUUAUAAAACGUCUCACCAGGGAAAGUGACAAACAAAGACUUUGUCCUGAAGAGAAUGUUGUUUUGGAAGAAUGUGCAAAUCCUGCAUACGAUGGAAUCUAAGAUCCCCAUAGCACUGUGAAUGUUUAUGGCAGACAGAAGACAAUUUGACUCAUUUUUGGUUCAGUUAAAUUGAUUCCCUGCUUUGUGACAGAGAAAGCUGGAGUGGCUGGCUUUCAAAUAUUGCACUCUCUAUGUGCGUACCGUAAUUAACUUAUAUAACAAUGUUGAGAGUUCUAGCACUGAAAAACUUUCUUAAAUUUAAUGGUACGUUUUUUUUAAGUAAGCUUUUUUUUUUUUUUUUUUUUUGCUGGAUCAAUCUAUCUAGCAUUCAUAAUUCAGUUAGACUAGAUAAAACAGGCUGAACCUUUGCAAUAAUACAUUUCUAAAACAAAUUCUAAUAUACAAUGGUUCUUUCUUGAUAAAUUAAAUUGUCUAUCUACCGAUACCUAAUCAUUUGUCCCAAGUGUUUAUACUAACAUUACAGUAAGUUUCCCAAGUUAUCUGCUUUUAAGCCAAGAUUUACUUUUUGUAACCCGAAAACACAUGGACCCAAAUUAGCAUCCCAUGGAGGUCAGAUCACCUAAAAUUAAUUAGAGGUAGGAAGUUGCUUUAUUAAAGACCCAGCGUUUUAGACAGGCAAGGCAGUGACUGCUACUGUUGAACAAGUAUUUACAACAAGUGAAAUUGAAGAAUAAGUUACAGAUGCCCCAAAAAUGAGUUUCACAAUAUAUGAAUUCUGCUUUUCUAACCAAAAAAGUCUAGGACUAAAGGCAUAUUCAUAUGAUGAUGUCAAAACUAAUUUUACUCUUUAUGUUUUAUGUUGCAAUCAUUUACGGUGAACAUUUGAACAUUUUAUUUAACUGUCAAUGUUAAAUUUUGUUUUGUUUGAUACCCAUUUAAUUGAAUGAAAAACAUACCAUAGAAAAAAAUAGAAAAUGGAUUAAUGUGUAUUCAUAAAAUGAACGACUCUCCCCCCAUAGUUUAAGAACACAACAAAAUAUGAUCUGCAGCAAAAAACAUAGAAAAAAUUCAUGGGUAAACUACAAGGGCCCACUUCUAACUUCUGAACCACAGACAGUUUGCUCUUUUUUGUUUUUAUAACAGUCAUUUCAACUGCAAGUGUACAGGUUCCUCACUGAAUUAAUUUCUUGAUAAUAUACUCCAUUAUAGCAGUACAGUACUAUAGUGACAGUUAGUAAAUUGUGCCACCUACUGGGAAAUGUGUGCUGUAGCAUUUCACUUGACCUACACUGUAUGUUGUGCAUACAGUACAUACUGAAAUAAUUGAUCUAUACUGUUCCCCGUGGCUCCCUAUAGCUUACUUUUUUUUUACUUUUUUUUACUCCCUAUAGCUCAAUUAAUUGCAUCAUAUAAUGUGCUGGGAGCAGAUAACUGUAUGUAUGAGGGAUUGAAGUGUCAUUGGUGCCUUCAGUGACAAACUUUAUUACUGAAGUCUGAGGAGCGCUAAGGAUGGACGGGUUCAAAUUAUUGAAAGGGGCUGUAAAAGGUUUUUCGUGUGUAAUCUGAAAUUAUUGUCCCUCAUAACUAGAAUGGAACGUGAACACAUGACCACUGCUCACAAAGAUCCUGGUCCACUAGUGGCACAGCAAAACUCUCCUUUAUAGCACUGUGUCAGAGAUCAGGAACACAGGCACUAGAACUCAUAGUUCCAAGCUGAGAUUUAAAAUAGAAAC